AGCAAUGUGAUUUCAGUCUGUUCAUCGAUCCUUUUUGUAAUAAAUAUAUUUGGCGAAUUUUCUCGAACGAAGCAAAGAAAAACACUUGAAAUUUAUUAUAUUAAUUUAAAAAAAAUUCGAAAGAAAUUAUAUAAUCACAAAUUCUAACAUUUCAUGUCAUUCAUUCACUUUCGCUAUUUUUCUUCAUUGUAAUUUCAUUGUGACUUUUUUCAUAGCGAUCAAUUUUUUUUAUUAUUAUUUCAAUCAAACAUAAUGAGUAGUAAAGAAAAUUCCGUGUCAUCACUUGGUUUGGGAGAUUCAACCGAAUCGGAUUCUCUUCAAAGUGAAUUUGAUAUUUCACCACAAAAAGAUGGAAAGCUUAUGAAGACUAUCAUUACCAAAGGAAAUGGUUGGGAAAAACCCGGUAAUGGUGAUAAAGUUUCGGUUCAUUAUGUGGGCAAAUUAUUGGAUGGCACACAAUUCGAUAGUUCACGUGAUCGCAAUGAAAAAUUUGUAUUCACAUUGGGAGCCAAAGAAGUGAUCGAAGGAUGGGAUAUUGCCGUUAAAACGAUGAAACGGGGUGAAGUUGCAUCGUUUAAAAUUGAUCCAUCAUUGGCAUAUGGUGAACGUGGUUCACCACCUACCAUACCGCCAAAUUCUACGUUGAUCUUUGAAAUUGAAUUGUUUGAUUGGAAAUUGGAAGAUAUAACAAAAAAAGCUGAUGGUGGUAUUUUGCGACGUAUCAUUAAAGAUGGUAGCGAAUGGUCUACACCAAAUGAAGGAUCUACUUGUAACAUUGAAUACAUUGGCAAAUAUGAAGAUCGUGUAUUUGAAUCACGUCAGGUGACAUUCUAUCUGGGUGAAGGUUCUGAAGAGAAUCUUGUACCAGCAAUUGAAAUUGCUGUGAGAAAAAUGAAAAAAGAUGAACGUUGCGAGAUAAUUGUCAAGCCAAAAUAUGUAUGGGGUGAUGGCCAAGGCAAUCAAGAAUAUGGCAUUCCAAAUGAUUAUCAACAAUUAAAAUAUGAAAUAUAUCUGAAAAAUUUUGAAAAUCUCAAAGAAAUUGAAGAUAUGGAAAAUAAUGAACGCAUAGAACAGGCAUUGUUGGUCAAAACGAAAGGAACAAAAUAUUUCAAAGAAUCUAAAUACAAAUUGGCCAUCAAACAAUAUAAACGUGUCAUACAAUUGAUUGGUACUGAAACAGAUAAUUUUGAACCAGAACUAAAGGAAAAAGCACGUGACAUUUUAUUGGCAGGUAAUUUAAAUCUAGCCAUGUGUUAUUUGAAAGUGGAAAAUUUCUUGGAAACACAAAAAAAUUGUGACCGUGCACUAGAAAUUGAUCCAGAAAAUGAAAAAGGUCUAUUCCGUCGUGGACAAGCAUUUUAUGGUCAGAAAGAAUAUGAAUUGGCUAAAAAAGAUUUUGGAAAAUUAUUGGAAAUUGAUCCGAAAAAUUCGGCAGCAAAAAGUCAAAUGAUUAAUUGUAUUAAUCGUAUUAAAGAACAUAUGGAAAAAGAGAAGAUGAAAUACAAGAAUAUGUUUGAAAUAUUUGCCAAAAGAGAUAGCGAGAAAGAGGCAAAGAAAAAAGCCGCACAAGCUACUACUAUUACUACUGCAGCAGAUGAUUCGAAAAUUUUCAACAUUGAUGGUGACAAUGAAACCAAGGCUAAGGAUUCGGAAUCCCCACAACAGCAGCAGCAGCAACAACCGGAACAACAACAACAAGCUGCAAAUGCUUGAUGAACUGAAAACAAACGCAAAUACACACCAAAAUUUGUAUGGAGAUCUUAAAUUUAUUUUUUCGUCUUACACACACACACACACCACAACCACCACUUACAUCCAAAAAAAAAAAG